AUGACCAUGGCGUUUUUGAAAGAACGUUGGAAUAAUAUAGACAUCUUUGAUGUGAAGGAAACAACGGACAUAAAUGACGAGGCAAUAAAAUCAUUUUUAAAAUUCCAAAAGUUAUCAGAAAACGACAAAAAAAUUGUACAAAUGUAUAAUGCGAAAAAAAUAAGUAAAGCUAUGUUAAUUAACUAUAUGGAAAGAAAAGAAAAAACAUUACUUCGCGGAAAAAUACAUUUAUUGUUAGUAUUUACGUCACCUAUUUGGAUUUUUUAUAUGUUACAUAUAUGUAAUACUUUAUCAGCAAAAAUAUAUACUUCUAUUGCAGUCUUAUGUAUGUUUUUUAAUUUUUUUGCUUCCUUCCUACUUCAUAAUUUUGAAUGGAAACCACAUAUAUAUUUUAUAAUUGAAAAAAUAGAUCAUAUUGGAAUUUUUUUAAUGAUAAGUGGAUCAUGUCUACCAGUUUCAGCAUUAACAUUGAAUAAUAUGAAAUUUUGCUUUUAUUUAAUCCUUCAAGGUUUAUCAUCCCUCCUUGGGUGUUUAUGUAUCUGCUGCACGUGUUUUAGUAUUGGAAACAGAACCACACGGUCAUGCACAUAUGUCAUAGCUGGAUUUAUGCACACCCUAUUCUUGAAGGAUUAUUUUAUUGGAUUAACAACACAGGAGAUCACCUUUUUUAUUAUAUUAUCUACUCUAUACUGCAUAGGUGCAGUUGUAUAUUCCACGAAGAAGCCUAACAUCAUUAAAGGCAUUCUCGAGUUCCAUGAUGUUUUUCAUAUUUUUUGUUUAGGAAGUGUUUUAUUUACAAUAGCCUUAAAUUGUAGUGUUAUAAAAAGAAAGACUUGA